AUGAUAAAUGGUUCCCGAAGUCAAGCCCUCCGUCGAGCCGUUCUCGAGAUGAACCUGACUGGGGUGCGGUACCUCGAGAAAGCCGUCAGCUCCAGGGCCCCUGCACACGUGCACUGGCGUUUUGCGUGGACAAAGACGGUCAAGAUCGCUCAUGGCUGGCAUUGGGACGAAGGCCUCAAGGUUCGAGGCUUCCUUGCCACUCACUCUAUGUUAAGUUUUGUUCAGUGGACUGCUUCUUGCUCCUCGCAAAUCUCACCCUUGGAAUGGAGACUCGAUUCAGUUCCCCAACUUUCCCACCCAGAUGAGAGAGACUCCACAAGCCGAUCAGCCGAUCAAACCAUCGUCCCGUCUUUCAUCGCAGAGGCGCAAUUUACACCAGUCUUGUUCGUUGCAUCCGCUCCCCUGCAGGACCACCACGUCCAAACGAGGGGAAUUGGCGUAUCAGCAUCGGGCAAGUCGAGCCUGGAGGGUUCGCUCGGACAGCCGCGGCGUCGGACCGUCUGGGGCCAAGGCAUGACGAUUGUCUCUGUGCUUACUCUUCAAUCGCAUCCGGACCAUAAGGCUUUUGCUACGUCGAUGGACAAGACUCCCUUGCCAGACCAGAGAGCUUUGGCCACCGGAAUAAGCAAGCUGUGCAACGCUGGCACUGAGCUGGCGAACUUGGCCUGGGGAUUAUCGAUAAUUAAGCGUCGUAUCAAAAGUUUGGGCGUUGUCACGAUUGAUUUCCCACUCAUGUCACCGGCUGCUCAUAGCAAAGAAAACUCAUGGCAACUCAAUCUACAUCUACUAAUUCUGACUUCUGCCACGGAGAAGAUGCCAGUUCUAGCUAAGCAUGCCGCUUCAAUUCAGCCAGCUCGCUUCCGCAUGGCCUCUGCGCAAGCCACCGUAGUCCUCCGGCACCUCCAUUUUGGGCAGGGAUUCAGCCACAUCUUCUUUGAGAAAUCGAGAUUAUCUCGCGUCGGGAGGCAGCAUAGACCUCCUCUGAGAACGGUCUGGCAUCGGGAAGCGCCCCGUGAAUUGUUUACAAGAAGACGCAUGAGUCGAACUGGGUUCACCAAUACAUCGAAUGAGUUUAUGGCAAAAGCCACCGAAAUCAUCCCUAAGAAGCGCCUCAUAACCUUCAGAUUCUCGUUAAUGGAGUCGAAACAUCUCAAAUGUUUCAAGCACAGAAGAUCACAAUCAAAGCCGCAUCCGGCUGUUGCCAGCAUAUUGUCUCGUUUCAUGAUGUCUCUCACAACAACGAAUACACAUGUCAACAGCAAGCCACCACCCAGAUGUCUUUGCCUCACGGACUCCGACUGCCACGCGACGUUCAGGUCAUCAGGCUAUCCUGACAGCACCACAAGCCAGCCUCACCAGAGACUAUGGCAUUAUAGCCUACUCUCCUUUGCCCGAUUUGUGAAUCCGAUGGAGUGGGGCAUCGGCCGAUAUUGGCCAAAGCGUUAUCGACCUUCCGGCCAGAAUGAGGUCUGGCUCAUGUUCAGACUCUUCCGGCCGAAAGACCUUCAAAAGAGUAAGUUCCAGGGUACUAAGGCUCCUUGGUCGGCGGAAAUCGCAUCCGAGGAUUGUGGUUCGCGGCCUGAUUACCAUGACCGCUGGCUUAUUCACAUAAGAACCGCAUCGGGGAUGGAUCAGGGCAUUAUUCGUCCUGCUGCGGCCCAGCAAUCUGGCAUCGCGACGCCAAGGGCGCUGCUGCCAAUCCUGCACUUAGACAAGAGCGGCAGGCAGACGUUCUACUUUCUCCUAUUGCCAAUACUUGUAGGAGAGUCCAUACACGUUCUUUGGGAGAAUUCUCGAUGGUGGCGGCGAGCGAGGUCAUAUUGGUCCACUGAGCGUUUGAUUCUGGAUCAAAAGUCAAUUGCGUCAAAGGCUCGAUAUCAACGUCGAAUCAGUGGCACCCUCAACGGUUUGGAGAUUGCUCCCGUGGGGUUCUGGCACAACAAGAUUCCAGAGCUAUCCAUGUCGAGGUCCUUGUUCCUCAGUCCCACUUCGAUUCGGCUCGAAGCGCGCUGGGGCCUCGCAUCAUCUCAUCUAACCUCCCACGUAGCCUUGACUAUUGGCAACCACACCGUCAGACUUUACAGAAACAGAGACCUUCUGAAAAUCAUCUAA